ACGGCCUCUAAGACUAUUUUGAUCAUUUCCUCAAUUAGUAAUAUACUACCUAGGUCAGAAACAGGUGUUCCUGUUUAUAUAUGCAAAGGUAAACAUCUAAGAUGAAUAAUCAUCUAAAGAGAUUGAUUUUGAAGAAAAAUGCUCCAAUCAUAUUACUAAGAAAUUCGGAGCAAACUUCGUUAGGUCAAGAGAGUGCACAUCAACUGUUUGAUAAUAUGUCAGCAAGAAAUUUCAAGCCUCUUUUCAGGCACUAUAGCUUCCACAGGACUCUGAUUGGGAUGUCAUCAAUUAAUUCUACAAAUAUUGGUGGUGGAACAGGAUCAUUACACGUCCAAUGUGUGUCGCUAUCAUAUCCUUCUUUCGUUCAAAAAAACGCCGCCAAAUUCAGCACUUUACUAGGUCAAAAGAGGGCAUAUGAACUGUUUGAUAAUACUGCUGCUAAUAGUGAUAGAGUAAUGGAAGCUAAACAUGUCCACCAAUGUGUGUCGCUAUCAAAUCCUUCUUUCUUUCAGAAAAACGUCGCCAAAUAUUGCACUUUGUUAGGACAAGAGAGUGCAAAUGAACUGAAUGCUGCUAAUACUAAUAGUGAUAAACAUUGCAAUGGAGAGAUGGUUGAUGAAUUGUUAGAUAAUGUUAAUGCUGCUACUAAUAGUGAUAGAGGAGGAAUGGAAAAAGCUAAACAUUCCAACGGAGAGAUGAUUGAUUUUACAAAUAUUCAUAUUAACAAGCUUCCAACGGUUCUAAUAAUGGGACGACCUAAUGUAGGGAAAUCAGCAUUGUUUAAUCGUUUGAUACGAAGGAGGGAGGCACUUGUAUACAACACUCCUACUGAUCAUGUUACUCGAGAUAUACGAGAAGGUGUUGCUAAAUUGGGAAAUUUGAGGUUUAAGGUAUUGGAUUCUGCUGGUAUAGAAGCACAAGCUUCUUCGGGUUCUGUUCUUAGUAGAACUGCGGAAAUGACUGGAAAUGUGCUGUCAAAAACUCAAUUUGCACUCUUGUUGGUUGAUUCAAGAGAUGGAGUGCAGCCUAUGGAUUUGGAUGUUGGAAAAUGGUUGAGGAAGAAUGCACCGGGAAUGAAGACUAUUGUGGUGAUGAAUAAAGCUGAAUCGCUCGAUGACUGUGAUGGUACUCUUGCAGCUGCUGCUGGUGAGGCUUAUAAUUUAGGAUUUGGCGAUCCCAUUGCUUUAUCUGCUGAGACUGGAUUCGGUAUGGCUGAACUUCAUGAAACUCUCAGACCAUUACUUGAAGAAUAUGUGCUCCAAAACAACUCAUGUGAUGAUGAGAUCCAGGAGAAUGAUGAGAAUGACUCCUCUGAGGAUAUGGAGUGUAAAUUGCCAUUGCAGUUGGCAAUUGUUGGGCGGCCCAAUGUUGGAAAGUCAACCUUGUUGAACACAAUCUUGCAAGAAGAUCGUGUUUUGGUUGGCCCCGAGGCUGGUUUGACUAGAGAUUCCAUCCGCGCUGAAUUUGAGUACGAAGGAAGAACUGUUUAUUUGGUUGACACAGCAGGGUGGUUGGAGAGGACAAAACAGCAAGAGAAGGGACCUGCAUCUUUAAGUAUUAUGCAAUCAAGGAAACACCUUAUGAGAGCACAUGUAAUUGUUUUGGUCCUCGAUGCAGAAGAGAUUGCAAAAGAUAGGCGAAGCAUGAAGCAUGUUGAAGUAGUUAUAGCAAGGCGAGCGGUAGAGGAAGGACGUGGUCUGGUUGUGAUUGUAAAUAAGAUGGAUCUUCUAAGAGGGAAAGAAAAUUCCAAAUAUUACAAGAGCGUAAUUGAAGCUGUGCCUCAAGAAAUUCAGACAGUUAUUCCCCAGGUCACAGGGAUACCUGUUGUAUUUGUUUCAGCUCUAGAAGGAAAGAGUCAGAUAGCUGUCAUGAAUCAGGUCGUCGAAACAUAUGAAAAGUGGUGUUUGAGAUUGUCAACAGCCCGUCUUAACCGUUGGCUACGCAAGGUCAUGAGCAGACAUUCUUGGAAAGACCAGGCAGCUCAACCGAAGAUCAAGUAUUUCACUCAGGUGAAAGCUAGACCUCCAACUUUUAUUGCAUUUAUGAGCGGAAAAACCAAGCUCUCAGAUACAGAUCUGAGGUUCCUAACUAGAUCUUUGAAGGAAGACUUUGACUUGGGUGGGAUACCAGUCCGGAUAUUGCAACGAACCGUUGAAAAAAAUGAUAGAACUAAAACCAGCAGCAAGAACAAGCAAUCAGCUAAUAGAACGAUCGAAAGGGCUGUUUCUGACAAAAGAACAAUCCAUGCUGGAGACCUAAGUUGCUCGGACUCCAGUGGAGACCAGCUGGACGAAUUUGGGGUCGCUUUUUAAACAUAUGUGGAGUGCAAUGGGUUAUGCCUUAUAGUAUAAGAGAUCUAUUAGAAAGCUGCCAAAGUCAGAAAGUGGGCAAAAGAAAGAAGAAAAUCUGGAAAAUGAUCCCUGUUUGAAUUAUGUGGACCAUUUGGUUGGAAAGGAAUAGAAGAUGCUUUGAAGGCAAAAGUUCUCAUAUUUCUGUUGUGAAGAAUAGAUGUCUGCCCAAAUUUAUAUCUUUGGGUGUAAGGAAA